AUGCGCUCCUCUAUCUUUGUAUCGAUCGCUCUCGUAUUUUCAACAUCUGUUGCGACUCUGACUGAGCGGUCUCGAAAUGCUGCGCUGUCAGUAUUCGCAACUAUCCCCGAUACCCUGAAUCUUGAGAACCUCGCAUUACGCCGCAACGGCGAUAUAGUUGUGUACUCUGCAUCUGGCCUGCUCGGCAUUGCAAAGCUCGAAAAAGAUGUAUUCUACGUCGCUGGCGCAAACGUCACGGGAUCAACUCCUAUUGCCAUAGGCGCCAACGCAGUAUGGAAGGUUGACUUGCGAGCACUCAAGAUCAAAAAGGACAACACCCUCUCGAAGCCUGCCAAGGUAUCUCUUGUGACCGAAAUUCCGUCGGCUGGCCUUUUGAAUGAUAUGACCGAAGACAAUUGUCGUCUACUGAUAUCCUACUCAGCCUUGGGUCAGAUACUUUUGUUAAACGUCAAUACCAAGGAAUACAAAACAAUCAUCAACGACGAAACAACAGCAGGUCGCCCAGAGAGGCUCGUGGCGGCCAAUGGCCUAUGCACUUAUGGUUUUUAA